GGAUUUCUGGCGUUGAACUUACAUAUUUCCAGGGAUAUAUAUGAAAUUCAAAAUGAUAUUUCCUCUUCUGUUAAUUCAUUUCGUGAAGUCGGCCAUUUCUGCAAAUCUGUGUUAUAACAUAGCUUUAACGGUUUCGUCGACGGAACACAAGCCGACGUCAUAUUUGUCAAUCAAGACAGUGAUAUCUGACCACCUGGCCGAUUGUGCGGCUACUUGUGGCGUUACCUGGACCUGUGCGUCUUUCUUCUACCAUCCACAAAACAGAACUUGUUGCCUGUACAGUGGGAGAAUUGCAGUGUUGAACUUGAGAGGAGAAUCAGGCUGGACUGGAUAUGACUUUCAAGGUCGACCAGUUCCGGAAGCAUAUGCCUCCUGUACCAACAACCCGGGAUACGAGAUUAACCAGGAGGCCCACCUCUGCUACAAGGUUCACACAGAACGGCAGAGAGGAUGGGAAGCUGAACAAGCGUGCCAGGAUGAAGGAGGCAUACUGAUCAUGCUCAACACUGAGGCACGAAAAACGGUUGUUGAGGGCAUCGUUGAAGCAGAUACAGGUAAUGAUGAGUAUUUCCUAGGCGCGGAAGAGACUGCUGAUGGAGAGUGGAGAUGGAUGGCAGAUAAUUCGAUAAUUCCAUGGGUUACCCUCACUGGCGAUGGAGGGAAUUGUUUAGAACUGGAGCCUGGCCGGGUAUAUGAUGACACAUCCUGUGACGAUCAGGAGCAGAAGUUCGUCUGUGAAAUAUUUGUGUAAAAACGAGGUUAAUUUGAGUGAGUGAGUAUGGUUUAACGCCGCUUUUAGCAAUAUCACGGCGGGGA